UGUUGCAUUAUUCACUUCAUGGUCUCCAUGUCAUUCUUCGUCUUCUUUAUUCGUUUUAAAAUCUCCAAAGCAUAUUUCUUAGAGGAAUGUGAGGCACACAAACAUGAGAGCAACGAGAUAUGGACCCCCAUUUAUUACAUUAAUUAAACAAAUAGUUUAGUUUGUCUAUAUUAAGAGAAAUUCAGAAACCUAAACCUGAAAAAUCCAAUUUUCAAGGAGUCUCUUCAGCGCUUCGGAUCCCGACGGUUUUGGUGUUGAUUUUGUUUUUCUUGACCUGGGUUUUGUGUUUCAAAAAAAAGAAAAAAAAAAGGUGAAGAUAGAGGGAAAACCCUAACGGGGGUUUCUUGGGGAAGGAGCAACCAUUGUUUAUGAAGGAUUCCAAGGCAUUUAUUGAUCUUUAAUAACAAGAAGAAAAGAAGAAAGAGAGAUCAAAGGUUGCUUGAGAAAGGGUUCAUCUCAUCGUAAAGGAGUUAAGAGAAGAUGAAUUGCUUUUCUUGCUUUUAUUUCCAUGAAAAGAAAAAAACUCCCAAAGAUUCAGAUAACAGCCGCCGGAGAAAUGGCGAGUUGACCGGUAGAGACAACAACAAAACACACCCUGAGAUUCCAGACAAGACUGGAAAUGAGCAGAACAAGAACAAUGAUGCAGAAAAAGAAAUGACCAACAACAUUGCUGCUCAGACAUUCACCUUCAGGGAGCUAGCUACUGCCACCAAGAAUUUCAGACAAGAAUGUUUGAUCGGUGAAGGCGGCUUUGGUAGGGUUUACAAGGGCAAACUCGAAAAAUGUGGCAAGAUUGUGGCUGUGAAGCAAUUAGAUAGAAAUGGUCUACAAGGAAACAAAGAGUUUAUCGUAGAAGUGUUGAUGUUAAGUCUUUUGCAUCACAAACAUCUCGUGAAUCUCAUUGGUUAUUGUGCUGAUGGAGAUCAAAGACUUCUUGUCUAUGAGUACAUGUCUCGUGGUUCACUUGAAGAUCAUCUCCUCGACCUAACACCUGACCAAGUACCGUUGGAUUGGGACACAAGGAUCAGAAUCGCGCUAGGAGCCGCGAUGGGUCUUGAAUACUUGCAUGACAAGGCAGAUCCUCCGGUGAUCUAUAGAGAUCUCAAGGCAGCUAAUAUCCUUUUGGACAGUGACUUCAACGCCAAGUUAUCAGAUUUUGGGCUAGCGAAGCUAGGUCCUGUCGGAGACAAACAACAUGUGUCUUCAAGAGUUAUGGGAACUUACGGGUACUGUGCUCCAGAGUAUCAGAGAACCGGUCAGUUAACCAUUAAAUCAGAUGUUUACAGCUUCGGAGUUGUGUUGUUGGAACUGAUAACUGGACGAAGAGUUAUUGAUACGACCAGACCCAAAGAUGAACAGAACCUAGUGACUUGGGCACAACCGGUGUUCAAAGAACCGAGUAGAUUCCCGGAGUUAGCGGAUCCAAGUCUUGAAGGAGUGUUCCCGGAGAAAGCACUUAACCAGGCAGUGGCUGUCGCUGCAAUGUGUUUACAGGAAGAGGACACGGUACGGCCACUCAUGAGCGACGUUGUGACCGCUCUCGGUUUCUUGGGAACUGCUCCUGAUGGCUCUAUCUCUGUUCCACGAUACGACGACGUUUCCCCUCCUCAGCCGCCGGGUGAAACAUCCCGUGAGGAUCCUGCGGCGGCUGAGGAACGGGAGAGAGCCGUGGCGGAGGCAAUGGAGUGGGGAGUAGCUUCAAGGGCGCAUUCUCGGAACCCAAGUGCAGCACAGUCCCUAAAUCCAAGUUCUGCACAGUCCCGGAACCCAAGUGCAGCACAUUCCAGGAACCCAAGUGCUUCUUGAUUAUAAAACUUUUACAUCUUUUUGUCUUCUUGAUUUGGUUGUUUUUCUUUCUUUUUUUUUUUUUGGCCUUUUGUUUUUGAAGUUUCAGAGAAUAGUGAUAGAAGUAUGUUCUGUUUUGUUUGAAUGUAUAUAUUGCAGCUGGGUUUUUAUAGCUCGAGACUGCAAAUUUCAUGGAUUAUACUCUUGGCUGCACGUUGAUAGACGGAAUAAAUCGACCGCAUCAUAGGAAGCUGGGUCGAGGUGUUUCAAAUUUGUCAGAUCAUGAGGGAAUGAUCAUUUUUACAUCUUUUUGUUUUCUUGAUUUGGUUGUUUUGGUCUGUUACAGAGUAAAUCAUUAGAGCAAAUCCGACUCUAUAAUAUAGUUAUUCUAUUUUAAAGUAGAAUAUAGAAAAAAGUAUAGAAGAUUAUAGGAGAUGCUCUAAACAAAAAUCAUUUAAACGACUUCUCAUUUAAUAUAUAGGAGGAGUGUUGCAUAGGAAGAUAUAUGUAAACCAAAGGCAGAGAGAGAUGACUUGGUAUCAAAUGUAUGAUAGAUUUGUCUAGGGUAUUCCCCUUGAUCCUAACCGGAGGUUGCUUACAAACUUAGGUUCACUUUGGGUUGUAUGGAUCCGGAAAACUCUCACAAGUCAGUAAUAAAUCUGAUGGUUCAUGGAAAUGGUUCAAACUUCUCAAGCUUCAACAGCAGGCACUGAUUAUGAAUUUCUGCGUUCUCAGAUUCAUAAUUGUAAAAAUAUUCUGUUUUUGUUUAAUGAUUGAUUGAAUAUGGUAAUUGAUUGAUGUAACAAGAUCAUUCAGUACUCAAGUUCUUGGCAUCAAUCGGCAGCAAAACUUCCCAUAAAUACAUUUUCUCUUUUGUGAUAUUUAAUCUUUCCAAAUUUUCUAUAGUAAACGAAUUUUCUUUUGUUAUAAAAUAAUUUUAACAUUUAAACCUAAUAUUAAAAAUGAAAUAUUUGAAUGUUUAUUUGUACUAAUAAUAUGUGUUUAUUUAAUUAAUAUAAUACUUUAGAAUAAUAACUAAAGACGAAAUACAUAAAAUUGAUAUGAAAACAACUAAAUGGUGUUCAACUGCAAGAUUAUGAACAAAACCAUUAUUAAAUUUUUUUAUUAUCAACUCCUUUAAUAAAUAAUACACAAUUAUUUCAACAACCAGUUAUAAAAUAACAUAAUUGUAGCUUGUUCGUUAAAAGUUAUCAAAUUCAUAUAAGAUAAAAUGCUAAAUGUACAAAUAGAAAUAGUUAUCGAAGUUUACCGUUACGAUCAUAUGACCAGAAACCUACUUGUUUUACAGUUCUACUAGGUGAUUUUCCCGCAUGCACGGGUAUAAAUAUUAAUAAAGUAAAUACAUUAUAAAAAUUUAUGAUUUUUUUUUUAAUUUUUAAUCAUUCUGUUAUUUAUAUUGUAAUAAAUAUGCAAGGUUUAUUUUAAAUAAAAUUAUGUUAUUUAAUUAGACAUAUAAUUUUAGAUAUAUAAUAUCUCGACUCUUUGGUUACUAUUUGUAUAAUUUUGGAUAUAGAAUAUCUCUAUUGUUUGGUUAUUAUUUGGAUAUAUUAGAUAACAUUUAAUUUUUUGAUUCAAUAUUUUUUGUUAUACAAAUUAAAAUUUUGAUUAAUUUUGUUAUUUUCAUGUAGUUUGAUUCUAGUCUUACAUUUGU